UGACGUUAGGCAGAUCUGUCAUGAUAAAGAACAAAAGCCCUCCGUAGUGAGUGAAAAUGUUCGCAGAAGUAGAUGUUUUCAUCAGCAAUUACACUUUGGUCGAUCCGGAAAUCUAUCAACUAUGGAUCGAAGGCUAUUCCUCCUCCGAAGCGGUCACUCUGCUGAAACAGAAAGGUAACCUAAUGGCAGGCAUUCCACUCGAUUUGAUCACAUCAGACAUACUCGAUCACUACCGCACCUACUCGUUGUUGGAGCGUCUGUUGCAUACUCCAUCGAAGCUCUCGGAGCAACCAUCAUUCCAGCUAGAGCCACAAAGUCGUUCGUUGUUGAUAGAGAAAUACUACUCGCUGGAUGACUCCGUGGCGCGGGAAUUAUUCGGUAAAAAAUUCAACGCCCGCAACCGGAAAGACCUGGACGAGGUGGCGGAGAAAACGGGCGUACGGCUCAAGUCCUGCCGGCGGCAGUUCGACAAUGUGAAACGUAUUUUCAAAGCCGUCGAAGAGAUGCCGGGUAACACGGCCGCCAACAUCAAGCAGCAAUUCAUGCUGACCGAUGAGUUGGCCCAGAAGUAUGCCGCGGUUGUGUUCAUUGCAUGUUUGCGCUUCGAGACCACGAAGCGCAAGCUGCAGUAUCUUAACUUUAAGGAUUUCUACGAGUGUUCACAAGCAAUUAUGACAAAUUGGACCUACACUUAUCAACAUGCUGGACCCGAGUACUAUGACACAGAAAUGGACAAAGAAUUUCUGCUGGAUCUGCGGGAAAUUCGAUACCUUCUGGACAAGGAAAAAGAAAUCAAAUGCUUGGUAACGAUCCGACUGAAACCGACUAUGCUGGACCGAACCUUCCAGGAGAUGGACGCCAGCUUUCGUUCCUAUUGGCGCUCGAUUAUCACCGUCGCAACCAGUCUGCAUCGAACGCGGGAUAUGCGUCAACUGUUCCUGGAACUGACGGAACGACUCAUCGAGCCGUGGAAGAUGAACAACUGGUCCAAGGAUCAAGUGGCACAGUUUAUGCAGUGUCUCACACAGAGCGUUCUGGAUCUGGAGGUGCCCCGAGACAAUCAGGACAUUCGCUGCCUGUGGGAUCGCUACAUGCAGGUUGUUACGGUUUGUUUGCUGAAGAUGUACCACAACUGACGAUGAAAACCGGACACUAGAGACAGGCAAAUGGGACUUAAUAUAUGCAAUUUUCUUCCGAAGUUUAUUAGCUCAUUACUAUCGUCAAAUUAGCUGAGAGUAAAAAUAAAACAAAAGCAAAUGCGUCUAUACUAA